AUGGAUCCCUUGCCGCCAUCGCUCUCCGCCGUUCCAACCACCACCAUGACGGCGGCGGCGGCAGCACCACCUCCACAACCCCCCCAAAUCAACUACCCAGACUCUGUGGAUUCAUCCCCUCGCUCCCGCAACACCAACUCCUGGGAUGAUCCGCCUCCACCGCUCGGUCCGCUCCCCCAACCACCAAAGCUCCGCCUCAUGUGCAGUUAUGGCGGACACAUAGUCCCCCGCCCUACCGACAAGUCUCUCUGCUAUAUCGGCGGAGACACCCGCAUCAUCGUCAUUGACCGCCAUACCAGCCUCUCCGACCUCCACAACCGCCUUUCGAAAGCCCUUCUUAACAACCAGCCUUUUACGUUGAAGUACCAGCUCCCGAACGAGGAGUUGGAUUCUUUAAUAUCUGUUACCACUGAUGAAGAUCUUGAGAACAUGGUUGAAGAGUACGACCGCCUCUGCAAUUCGAGUGCUUCGAAACCUGGCCGCCUUCGCUUGUUUUUAUUUCUCAAAAGUUCGAAUAUUGAGCAACUUCUUGUUGAAACUGCGUCUACUAAAUCAGAUGACUGGUUUCUAAAUGCAUUAAACGGGAAGGAUAUUAAUAUGCCUGCAUCUGCAAAGGAUUGCGGGUUUCCAGAAUCCUCUUCGGUCAAUUCUCUACUUGACUUUGAUGACGAUUCUGUAGAUAAGGAGGCCAACACAAGGAAAUAUGUGGAAUCCCAAAUGGAUUCAUCAAAGAAUGAUGGAAAUGGGAUCGGGACUACUGUUAAUCCCGAUGUGCAUUCGGUCCCGGAUUCUCCAAUGCUGGAAGCCAAUUCUUCCUUCGAGUCUGCUUCUAGCUCUCCAUUCGUGGCGAAUCUGCGGCCCAUAAGGGUACGUGCGGAGGAGAAUCAGAAGGCAGGGAGGUUGGGAAUCGAGGAGCAGUUUCAGCAGAGCGUUGUAGUUGUUGGGGUUGGUGGAAAUGUUAAUUCGACUCAGAAGCAGGAGGAAGGGAGUUUCGUGCCAUUGGAUGUGGCAGCUGGAAUGGUGGUAUCAGGCGUUCCAGUGGUGGCAGGUGGCGGUGGGGAGUAUGGAAAUAAAACUUUCUCCGACGAUGAUAGAUCAGAUCAUAGUGGGUAUAGAAGAGCACAACAACAGGCACAGGUGCAGUUACAACAGCAGCAGCAGCAGCCUCAGUUUCAGCCGAAACAAGCAGGUUCUAUCGAUUUGCCUUCCCCAGAUUCAGUUUCAAGGUACCCCAAUUUUGAAUAUAAUCUUAAGAAUUCUACUGUGUAUAUGGUUUUGUGUUGA